AUGGGUCUUUUGGGUGUCAAACAAGUGAAUCAAUUGGGCAAAGAAGUUUGCAUAGACACAGCGCAAGACUCCAAUGAAGAUAACCAGAAGGCUGUAGAUUAUGCUCGGAAGACCAAGAAGAAACCGCACAAAGACAAGGACGGCUUUGACCAUGCAAGGCUCUACUUCUAUGAACCAGGAGAAGGCCCAAACCAGGUAAAAUCAUCCAUCCAUCAUUGA